AAGAUAUACUCUAGUCGAAGUCCCCCAGUUCCCAGAAAGAGCAGUUGCCAUCGGUGAGGUGAUGACCAUGUUUCAAUUUUUAUUGACAAAGCCAGUUAAGCAAUCCCUCUACAUCUCAGCAUCUCUAAUACUUGUAAUUGUAGUCCCUCUGUAUCUCUCCCUCAAUUCCACAGCACCAGGACCAAAAGAAACCAGUUCCUCCGGGUCUGAAGAAAAAAGUCAAGAAACCCCAAUGGCCACCAACACAUUUGGAGUCAAGGUUGAAAAGAAUCCAACUCAAUCCCAACUGACUGAGCUUGGAGUCACCACAUGGCCAAAGUGGGAGUGUGGUCCAAGCAAAUUCCCAUGGAGUUUCACUGCUACAGAGACUAUGUAUCUGCUAAAGGGGAAGGUGAAUGUACAAGUUGACGGGCAUGAAGGAUCUUUUGAGAUUGGGGCUGGUGAUUUGGUUGUGUUCCCUAAAGGAAUGAAGGUCACCUGGGAUGUCAUUGAAGGCGUGAACAAGCAUUAUAGCUUGGAGAAGUAAGCAUGCGAUGUAUCAAAUGUAUGGUACUAUUAGCAUCUAUGAUUUUCAAGUACAAUGUUGACAAAUCAUUCCAAUCCAAGUACAAACAAGCAACUGUCUGUUUCAUUUGA